AUGAUAGUUUUAAAGCGUUUUUACACUCGAUCGAUUCUUCGACAUAUACGCUAUCCGUAUCGUACAAAUGCUACGACAACACAAAGGAAACCUGAUCCAUUUAAUAUCGAAUAUGAUCCAAUAAAGCAAGCCGUUAUCUAUCCGUCAGAACUCAUCAUUCAAAAUAAAAAAUAUCCUACCGAUUCAUGGACAAAUGUGAACGGGCAUAUUCUUUCACGUAUAGGUCAGAAUUUACAUCAACAAAAAAACCAUCCAUUAUAUCAUCUAACGAAUCGUCUACGUCAACAUUUCUAUCAAUAUUAUGAUCCAAGAAAAUUAUCUCCAAAAUUUUCUAUUAUUGACGAUCUACGACCGAUUGUAACAACAGAACAAAAUUUCGAUUCAAUAUGCAUACCUGCUGAUCAUGUUAGUCGAACAAAAACAAUGAAUUAUUAUAUUAAUAAAAGUACACUUUUGCGGGCGCAUACAUCGGCUCAUCAAGUUGAUUUGAUACGUUCGGGCCUAAAUGCAUUUUUAUGCAUUGGCGAUGUUUACCGACGUGAUAGUAUUGAUCCAACUCAUUAUCCUGUUUUUCAUCAAUGUGAAGGUGUACAACUGUUUAAUAAAGAAGAACUAUUUAUCGAAAAUCGAAAUGUACGCGGUGAUAAAGAUUAUCUUCAGAUUUUUGGGUCAAAUGAACAUCGUGAUGCUACGAAACAAGAAGGACAUACAUUAGAAGCCGUCAAAUUAGUUGAAGCAUCUCUUAAAAAGACCAUAACCGAUCUAUUUAAAAAUUUGUUUCCAAAUGCAGCAACAUUAAAUUCACGAUGGGUUGAUGCGACAUUUCCUUUUACUCAUCCAUCAUGGGAAUAUGAAAUAGAAAUCGAUGGCAAAUGGUAUGAAUUACUUGGCUGCGGUAUUAUGGAACACAGUGUAUUGGAAAAUAGUGGUCUCAGUAAAGAUCAUAUUGGCUGGGCAUUUGGCCUUGGUUUAGAACGUAUUGCUAUGAUAAUGUAUGGCAUUCCCGAUAUUCGUUUAUUCUGGUCGAAUGAUUCCGGUUUUCUAUCACAAUUUGCAUUCGACGAUUCAACACGCGCGGUUCGAUAUAAACCCAUAAGUGUCUAUCCUCAAUGUAUCAAUGAUCUAUCUAUGUGGAUGGGUAAAACUAUUAUUGAUCCAUCGGAUUUUCAUGAUUUAGUUCGAGCUAUUGGUGGCGAUUUAAUAGAACAAGUUGUACUUAUCGAUGAAUUUUAUAGUGCAAAGAAACAACGGCAUUCUCAAACUUAUCGUAUCAUUUAUCGUUCUAUGGAUCGAACACUAACAAAAGAGGAGAUCAAUAUGGUACAUAAAGAUAUUGAAUCUCAUUGUAAACAACAGUUUGGUGUUGAAAUUCGUUAA